GAUUUUUCUUCACCUUUGUGCCAGCCCUCAGUUUGCCGUUCGUUUUGAGAGUAUCCACAGCUGGAUGUCCGCCUCGCAGAAUUUGCAUCGUCUCCCUGAGUUCUGUGUGAUCCCUGCAACAGGAGCCAGGACUUCCUAGGAUCGUCAUAAGAUCAAAUAUGGGCUCCGAUGACAAUAAAAGAUUUGAUGAUUUUCAUGUCAUCACAAACGGACCAGGAAGUGAUGCCUAUUCUAAUGAGGAAUCCAUCAAUCUAGAUUCCUAUAUUGCACCAAGCACAUCCUUCUGUAGCAAAAUCUACAACCCCCAAUUAUACGUGGAGAAAGGAAAUGGGACAACAGAUUGGUGCCAAACUAGUGGAGGAGACUAUCCUGAGAAAAGCAGCAUAAAUUCAGAUAUAACUCUCAGCUACAUAGAUAAGAUACUGAUGCAGGAGGACAUUGAUGACAGAGGCAAUGAAGAUACUGCUCUUCAAGCUAUGGAGGAGCCCUUCUAUGAACUUCUUGGAGAAAAGUAUCCGGCAUUCCCUCAGCAACAACCACUUUGUGUAUGUGAUCACCUGCAGAACCUCAGUGCCAACACUGACAAGUCUAAUGGUCACGCAUGCAAUACCUGGUCUGUCACUAGAAUGACAAACAUUAGCUCAAGUAUGAAUUCCAAUGGCAACUUUCAAGGGUUUCAGUUUCCAUGGAGUUUGUCUUCCAUUACUAGAGAGACAGAACAGUUCACUCAUCACUCAAAUAGAAUGGUUGUUGGUCUAAAAGUGGAUGGCCUUUCCAUUUCCGAAAAGCCUAGCCAGGACAAUUGUUCACUUCAAAUUGAUGCGCAUUACAUGAGGAAGCAUCCAUUGUUUGAGGUUCAUGAUAGAAAAAGUUAUCCGUGUAUUGAAGAUCUUGAUUUGUUAGAAGGAAGGAGCAACAAGCAGUAUGCUAUUUACUAUGAUGAACCGAUUCGGGAUGAGAUGUUUGACAACGUUCUACUAUGUUCUGAUCAUAAGCCUCUAGAUGAAGGUGUUAGUUUGAGCAGAGCCAUGACAAACAAUUCAAGCAAGUCUUCACAAAUUGGACAAGGAAAAACAUCAGCUCGGCGAAAGACAACAGGCAAAAGGAUACAAAAGAGAGAUGUUGUGGAUCUAAGAACCCUCCUUAUCAAUUGUGCACAAGCAGUAUCUGUGAGCAACCAUAGCCUAGCUAGUGACAUACUGAAGAUAAUAAGACACCAUGCUUCACCUACCGGGGAUGAUUCCCAAAGGCUAGCACUUUGCCUAGCGUAUUGCCUUGAUGUACGAUUAACGGGAACUGGAAGUCAGAUAUACCACAAGUUCAUCACCAAAAGGAGGAAUGUAAAGGAUAUUCUAAAGGUAUUCCAUGUGUGUCUCUCUACAUGCCCUUUCUUAACAGAACUAUCGUUGAUGUCUCAAAGGGAAAACCACAGGUCCACAUUAUAGAUUUUGGCAUUUGCUUUGGUUUCCAAUGGCCAUCACUAUUUGAAGAACUUGCAAAAAUAGAAGAUGGACCACCUAAGCUUCGGAUUACUGGUAUAGAAUUACCUGAGUCAGGCUUCCGACCAUAUGCUAGAAGUAAUAAUAUUGGGCUGCGAUUAGCUGAUUAUGCUAAAACAUUUAACAUACCCUUUGAAUAUCAGCAUAUAUCAUCAAAUAAAUGGGAAGCCCUCUCUCCUGAAGAUUUUAAUAUUGAGAAAGAUGAAGUUCUCAUAGUCAAUUGCAUUUACAGAAUAAAGGAUCUUGGUGAUGAGACAAUAUCAAUUAACAGUGCAAGGAGUAGGGUGCUCAAUACAAUUAGAAUGAUGAAGCCCAAAGUUUUUGUCCAAGGAGUGUUGAAUGGAUCUUAUGGUGUCCCCUUCUUUUUAACACGUUUCAAAGAGGUCAUGUACCACUACAAUUCAUUAUUUGAUAUGCUUGAUAAAAAUAUUCCACGAGAUAAUGAGACAAGAAUGAUAAUAGAGAGAGAUAUCUAUCAAUAUAUUAUGCUAAAUGUCAUUGCAUGUGAAGGACCAGAGAGGAUUGAGAGGCCAGAGAGUUACAAGAAGUGGAAGGUAAGAAACCUUAAGGCAGGACUGGUGCAGCUUCCAUUGAAUCCAGCCAUCGUCAGAGAAACACAAGAUAUGGUAAGAAAGGGUUAUCACAAAGAUUUUCUUGUCGACGAGGAAGAUCAAUGGUUAGUGUUGGGAUGGAAAGGAAGGAUACUCUAUGCAUCAUCCACAUGGCAACCAAAUGAUUCAGGUGACAGUGAUUAAGAAUGCGGGAUUUGCUACUUGACUACAAAGAAAGGUUUGACACACAAUGCAAUCUGCCAUUUGCAUACUUAUAGGGCUCUCAGUCUCAGAUUUCAUUGUUUGUGUGCAACUAACAGUGCAUUGCCAAACUAGUUGCUAUACAUGUUUUUCAGACACAUGUUCAUCGUUAUGUACUUAUGGACAUACCUGUUCCUAAGAAGUCAGCAUGUUUAGUAGCUUUUUUGGUGAUAAUAACUGAUAUGUGUUUUUAUCGUAUUCAUACUUAUCUUCAGAGUUCAGACAAGGCUAGUAUAAGAUUAUGUUUAGUAUGUUACGGCAACAUAUGUAAGUUGGAAAACAUUUGACCAGCUGUUUAUGUAGCGGGGAAUAUCAAAUCCGAAUUAUGUUUGAGCUACAU